CAAGAUUGAUUAUGAUCUAGGACUGGAGGGCGCGCUCCCCCACCCUUCUCGGCGCCCGGGGACGGCGUUUACAGCCCGACCCAAUGACAGUUGCUUCGGCUGCGCCAACGCCGUCCCUGGCACGAGGCAGCGCUCUUCGGACGACAGCCUCGAUGACCCCUUUGGCACCUUCGGCCCGGAGCACGUGGAGUCGGGAGCCUGCGGGAGGGGACGAGGGCGGCACUCCCGCGGAGGAGGCGCGCGUCCGCCUCCCCAAUGACAGCAGGUGAGCGAGCGGCGGAGGUGGGUCGGGCGGGCUCCUGCCUCUCCCCCCCCCGCCCACCUCCCGGUCGGCGGGGCCCUGGCAGCGGCAGAAAGGUUCCGCGAGGAGGAGGAGGAGGAGGAGAAAAGGGAGGGAGAGAGGGCCGGCCACGGGCUGGGUGCGGUCCUGGCGGUCCCCGAUCCGGAUUUCUUCAAUUUCCCCUCUCCGUCGCUCACUCGUGCUCUCCGAGCUGAGGCGCAGUCAGAAAGAGCAGCAGCUCCGGCGGCAGCACUGACCGCUAGAGCGCGGCGGCGACGCUUUAACCGCGGCAGCCAAAACAAACGGAGCCCUCGCUAUUUAUUGGCGGCGGCCGGAGCGGGCCGGCUCAGAGCGGCCGACCAGCUCACCUGCCCCCCCUCGCCGCAUGGCCGCGGCCGCUGCUCCCCUCCCGGGGCAGCCCGGCCGUCGCCGCCGCCGUCGCCGCCGCUCCUCUUGCAGCGACUCCCGCUGAGCUCCUGUGGGUCGUCAGAGCCAUGAAGGCGGCGCGGCUGCUGCUCCUCCUCAGCGGCUGCGCGCUGCUCCUGUUGGCGCCCGAGGUGCGCGGCUGCGGGCCGGGCCGUGUAGUGGGCAGCCGCCGCCGUCAGCCCAGGAAGCUCAUCCCUCUCGCCUACAAGCAGUUCAGCCCCAACGUGCCCGAGAAGACGCUGGGCGCGAGCGGCAGGUACGAGGGCAAGAUCGCCCGCAACUCGGAGCGCUUCAAGGAGCUGACGCCCAACUACAACCCGGACAUCAUCUUCAAAGACGAGGAGAACACCGGCGCCGACCGCCUCAUGACCCAGCGCUGCAAAGACCGCCUAAACUCCCUAGCCAUUUCAGUGAUGAACCAGUGGCCAGGGGUGAAGCUCCGGGUGACAGAAGGUUGGGAUGAAGAUGGACACCACUCAGAGGAGUCCCUGCACUAUGAAGGCCGUGCUGUUGACAUCACCACCUCUGACCGGGACCGCAACAAGUAUGGGAUGCUCGCACGCCUGGCUGCGGAGGCUGGUUUUGACUGGGUUUACUAUGAAUCCAAGGCUCACAUUCACUGCUCUGUUAAAUCAGAGCAUUCAGCAGCAGCAAAGACGGGAGGCUGUUUCCCAGCCCGGGCCCUGGCAACUCUAGAGAGUGGGACCAAGAUUCCAUUGUGGGCACUGAAGCCCGGACAGCGGGUCCAAGUCAUGGAUGCACAAGGCCACCUCGUAUACAGUGAGUUCCUGGCAUUUCUGGAUAAGGCACUGUCAUCAAGGACCGCUUUCCACGUCAUUGAGACACAGGACCCACCCCGCCGCUUGGCUCUCACAGCAGCACAUCUCCUUUUUGUCGGGGAGAACGCAACUGCACCCAUGAAGACUAUUUUUGCCAGCCUGGUCCAGCCAGGUCAAUACGUGCUGGUAACUGAGAGGGGACAGCUGCAGACGGCCAGGGUAGCAGCUGUCUCCUUGCAGGUGGACGUUGGUGCCUAUGCUCCCCUCACCAAUCAUGGGACUCUGGUGGUGGAUGAAGUGGUAGCCUCUUGUUUUGCUCUGGUGCAGGACCAUCAUUUGGCUCAGUGGGCUUUCUGGCCCUUGCGACUGUAUCUCCACUGGGCAGGGCAUGACUGGACCCAGCCAGAAGGUGUGCACUGGUACUCUGUCCUGCUUUACCGUCUGGGCCAAAUGUUCCUAGCUUCAGAUAGCUUCCACCAGUUGGCCACAGCGCAGUUUGAGAGCUGAGUGAAUGUCUUCCAUUGCCUCUGAGACAGGGAGAAACCCAGUGGCCUCUACUGGUUCUUGGGUGGGACUGCUUGGCAGCCAAACCCCAAUGGUGGGGGACAGGAGGUGGGACCUCUGAUUUCCCCUCACCUAUACCAAGCACAAGAGUGGAAGGAAGGUUUUGACUUUUGUUUCCGCCUUCUUUGUGCUGUUGGCUAAGAAGGGAGUGCCCAGUAAUGGGGCCAUACGCUGCUAUUUUGGUUGAAGAGCCUCUGAUGCAAAAAGGAGAGUGAGCCAGAUGGAGAUCCUCAAACCCGGGAUGAAUGAAAAAGGUGGCUGGGAAAUUCUGCAAUUCCGGAUUGCAGAUUAAGGACGUACUGUGUGACUCUAUAUGCAAGGAGGCUGCAGGGAGAGGCCAAGUGUGGGGUUGUGAGACUUCUCCCAAAAACCAUCUCCUUUUAGGAACUGUAUGCCUCCUGGCACUGUUCCUUUGUGGCCAAAGCAGCUACACGGGUGACACUCCUGGAUUCUAGCCCUUGUGAGGAUGGAAAUGCUUAUUUCCAGCUGAAAGUUCACCUGAAUCUGGGGCAAUAAGCACAGGAAAGAAGAAGGGCACAUCAAUUAUGGUAAGGGAACAGGCAACAGAGAGGAGGAAAGAUGUAUAGGAUAUCAUACCAUCGUCUUUGGAUCAGUAGACUAUUGAACUGCAGUAAUGGAAGCUCUCUCUUUGUCUUCUGCCUUCACUAAUGCAAAUUAAAAGAAUCACUCCACCUAAAAACAUGCACUGAAAGAAGGAAGAGUACAGGGUGCCACGAGGGGGAAAAAGACCUCAGCCUGCUUUAAGAAGCUAAGUCUAACUGGAUUCACCAAAAGGUGGUUAUCGUAAUAAUAUUUUUUAAUCACGUCACCUAUGUUGGCUGGUCUUCAAGAUUCACCAAGAGGAACAAAAUUAGAAAACAGAACUGGGAAUUCUCUGCUUGUGAAGGGAUAGAUUAAGAAUUAGGGAGGGGAAAUGGAUUGUUUGAUUUUGCAAAGUGUUUCAUUGCUUUUGGAAGGUACAAGAGGGCAGAUGUUUUUCAGGAGCGUAAUUUUCUGUCUUCUUGGCAUCCCAAAGGGAGGGAUACAGAGCAGAGGAUCUGAUGUUUGAGCUUAUGUAAGAAAAAGAAACAGACCCAAAGCCAUUUGCAGAGAAGAAUUGCUUAUUCGCUCUGCAAAUCCUUUCUCCUUUGCAUUAGUUUGGUAAAUAUGGAUCUUUCUUUGCCAAGACAAUGUGGAAAGCAACCACUAGGACAAUUGUGUGCAUUAUAUAUCGAUCAUGUUUCUACAGAGUAUGCCUGAGAUCAACUCAAUUCUGACAAUCGUUGACAAAAUUAUUGUUUUAGAUACAUAUGUGCAUUUUCUAAAAAAAACCUAGUGAAUUGUUAGGUUUACAUGCAGAAAAAUAAAACGGGUUGCUAAUUCCAUCUAAUGCAACUUACUAGAAAAUGGUUUUCAGCUGUACAGGAAAAGCGUUAGUGGCUUAAUCUCUCUCUCUUUCUCUCUGUCUGGAUCAAAAACUUAACAGGUUUUGGGUUAAGUAAAAAUGGAUUUUUUUGAAAAAUGGUAAGUUUUCAAGUACACCCAGCAGUUCCCACACGUUUAGUUAAAUCCAUGUUGGAAAUUGUCACAUGUGAAAACCAGGUCCAGAUCUCCCAGUUUAAGCCUCUCCUUGCGGAGAUUGUGCUGCAAUGACAUCUUUGCAUCAGCAAUUGGUCCUCCUCCACCUUUGAUUCUGACAACUAACAUUUUGCUUCUAUGUAGCUACCAGCACAGCCCAUUAACUAGCCAACAAGAAUAAGUUUCUUCUUACCCACAGAGGGGCUCCUCAUGCCUCUUCACCAUCAUACUUAAAUUUGAUCCCAUGAACGGUAGUAGAUUAAAAGGAUCCUUUGCUUAUCACAUUGCUUUUAUUUAUUUCCCUGUCCUUUGCAAAAUGCUCAGAAUUCCCUUGGUUGCUAAAAGCUUUCUGCUAAAAGAGACCAAAGG